GGCCUCCCAUGGUUUGUCCUUCUAUUUAUACUCUGCAUUGAUACGACGAGCCCUCGGCAGCUGCGAGCCUGACUACAUUUGGAGCGACCGUCCCGUUUGAUGGGCCAGAGGGGAGGAACCGCCGGUCUGAGCACCACUCAUGCCCGCUUCACACGGCGCACAGUGCUUGUAAGGGAAAUGUUUUACCCACCAAGGAACCGAUUUGUUCUUCAAACUCUGACGGGUGGACUCUCAGCUUAGAAAGUCUCUAGAUCCAAUGGAAUCUGAAAAGAACAAGCCGGCGGAUUCCCGUUCCUAGAUGCUUUGCCAUCAUCCAAGGAGCACAGAGUCAACGGAAUCCUCCCCCCGAGGGACAUGGACGCCAUGGACAACCCAGUGCUGGAGCCCAGGUCCGAGCGGAUCGCUCGCUAUAAAGCCGAGAGGCGGCGAGAACUGGCCGAGCGCUUCGGCCACAUGGAGGAGCUACCUUCCAAGUGGGUGAGGAGAAACGGGAAAGAGGGGCCCGGCCCAGCGACCGAAGCCCGCAGGGGGACUCAGAACUCCGAUGGCCUCGGUGAAAGAGCGAACGGAAGCGUGCGAGAGGUCACAAACGGAUUAGAGGAUCCCGCAGAGUCUGACCACUUGAGAAGGCAGGGUUCCCCGGACUCUGCCAGCAUGCUGAGUGGGGAGGGGCACCUCGUCCCUCUUGGACUCGAUGCACCGCAGCUUCACACCCGAGUGUCGGUGGGCCAGUUGAGAAGUGCUCUUCUGCAGCAGACGGGGAGUGGAGCGCAGGCCGAUACAGCUUGCCCCGAAGCCGGGCGAGCCGCGUCCUCUCUCGAUCUGGCCGCGACGCCGGGCUCCGAGGGGGGCCGGCGACGCUCCCGCCGGUACCUCCCCGGGGGGCCGGGAGGUGUUCGCAAGACGAGCGAACGUUUCAGGACGCAGCCGAUCACAGCCAAUGAGAUGGAGGACAGCAGCGGGCUGUUGGACGCAGAGGAAGAAGAAAACUGUAAAGCUGAUGUGAAAACCGACGACAGAGCACAAAUGAGUGUGGCAGCCAAGAUGUCUUUGUUUAAAGAGCUGGAGAGUUCCGCUGCGCCGGAGUCCUCGGCCUUCCUGAAGCCCCGCUCGGGCAGCGUUUCUUACCAACGCAGGGUCCGUCGUGGCAACGACCAUCGAUUUCUAACUCAGCCAAUCACCUGUGAGGAAAUCGUGGCAAUCAGCAGCACCCCCAAACCAGCACCACCGCCCGAGUCCAACCCUCUGCAGCCUGAGCCAGUGGAGGAUGGCGACGAGAGCUGCAAGCUGACCAUGAGUGAGAAGCUGGCCCUGUUCAACAAACUCUCCCUGUCGGGGAGGGAGGAGGGCCGCCCUGCCGACGGACCCCCGGAGAGGCGGAGGCAGAAGGGGGCUCGGUACCGCACACAGCCCAUCACUGUGGAGGAGGUCAGCCUGCUCCAAAAAGGCCCGGUACAGCUCCCCGCCUUCUGUCUGUCCCCCCAGCUGUCCGACAGACAGCAGGCCUCGUCUGUCAACCUCAAACCCAGCGAGAUGCGCUUUUCCCAGCCAAGACCUGACACUGACCCUGCGCCCGGGGAGCCCACGGGCUUUACCCAGCAUGCCCCGCAGCACCAAGACCUGGAGCCGGUCCUGAGAGGAAUCCUGAAGAAGAGCCGCUCCGGAGGCUCGGAGUGGAGCAGGAAGGAGAGCGCGCCGACGGACGCUCCUCGCAGCCACGAACAGAACGGCGGACGCUGGGAUGAAGCCGGGCUGCGUCGGGGCAGGCAGAGCCCCGAGCGCCAGGAGGCGCCUGCAGCACCGAGGGGAAAGAGAGGAGACGUCUCCGGUGCGGAGGGAGGCUCGCUGGCUGCCACUCCAUGGAGGCAGAGGGCUCGAACCAGGAGGGAAACCAUAGCCUGUAUUCCAACAACAGGAUUGUCCCAUCAGGACACUCCUCGGGGGGAGAGGGCCUGCCAGACAAAGUUGCCGGAACAGCUGGUUUCCUCUGCGGAGACAACGCAGAGUCUUCAACAGCCGAAUGAGGAAGAGAGUGUGAGGAGGACGAAAGAAGAAACCGCAGCCAUGGAAGACGUCACAGUGGAAGAUGAGUCCACCAACAGCAGCAGAAGUAAGGAGGAGACCAAUGACCUCCCUGUGGACAGUGAACACCCUCAGCGCUGGGAACCCGUCUUUGCCUCUGUCUAUUCUAGCAGUACCCCCCCAUAUAUCAUGUGUUUCAAUCAGACCAAAAUGUCCUUUGAGGCACAAGAAGUCCCCUCUUCUACCACAGACCUGAUUCAGCCCCAGUGGAGACAGAAGAGGGUUGAGAAUGAGAUGGAGGACGUUAAGGAAGUGAAUAGAGACCAGACAAACAAGGAGCGAGAGACCGAAUGUACGAAGGCGAGAGAGUCACACAGAAAUGCCACCUCGCAUGGCAGGGGACGCUCUGGAGCUCCAUCGUGCACAAGUGAAGCUGCACAGAGCUCUCCGCUCUCAGCGGCGCCCCGUGAAGAGACGGGGGAGACGCCCGCGGGUGAAUCCGACGCGUUGGAUGCUGGUUUCCACGGAGAUCAGUCACAACCCUCCGCCUGUGCGCCCCCACGCUGUGGAGACGUUGCAGCUGCAGAGAGUGAGCAGGACCUGGGGGUUCUCUGCCAAACAAACACACCCAUACUGACCUCAUCAGUGGCCGAGCACAGGCGGUCCGUCCGUCCGUCCCGUCGGACUCAGGGCUCCAGAAACCCUCUGAGGGCUCUCGCCGCCCGGGAGGACGUCAUGCAGGACUACAUGGGAGAGGCCGUCGACAACACAGCUGCUGAGGAGAGCUCCCGGGCCGAGAAGAAGUCCAAGAACUCCUGGGUGGCUGAUGUGCCGCCUGUUUCCGUAUCAGACCACCUAAUCUGUGCCUUGGGUUCCACCAACUCCCAUCCUCCCUUCAGCAGCCUGAUGCUCAUUCACAUCAAAGGUAGGCGGCGCGUCCAGGUGCGCCUGGUGGAGCCGUCGGUGCAGUCGCUGAACAGCGGAGACUGCUUCGUGCUGGUCACUCCGGAGCAUUGCAUCCUGUGGAGUGGAGAGUUUGCUAAUGGACAAGAGAGGGCCAAGGCGGCUGAGUUGGCAUCGUCCAUCCAGAGGGAUCAGGAUCUGGGCUGUCGGGCCUCCCAGGUGGUCGACCUGCAGGAGGGGCUAAACUGUGACGGCAGCCUGGCUGCAGACUUCUGGAAGCUUCUAGGAGGAAGGAGACAAUACAGAGGAGCCACUGCAGAUGAGGAGGACGAGCUCUACGAGUGUGCUGUGGUGGAGUCUAACUGUGUCUACAGGCUGGUGGAGAACAGACUGGUGCCUCAUGAUCAGGCCUGGGCCUCCAUGCCCAGUAUCUCCCUGCUGGGCUCCAAUGAGGCCCUGGUGUUUGAUUUCGGCAGCGAGGUGUACCUGUGGCAUGGACGGGAUGUUUCCCUCAGCAGGAGGAACGUUGCUCUCCAGCUGACUCACCAAGUGUGGGCCGGACCUUAUGACUACAGCAACUGUCGAGUCAACCCGCUGGAUCCCACGCGGUGCAACCCAAGCACGCAGCAGAGGGGACAGGGACGUCCCAGCUGGGCGUUGUUCAGUUGUGUCUCAGAGCACAACGAGACGACUCUGUUCCGGGAGAAGUUUCUGGACUGGACAAGCGGGAAAGGAGGCACGCUGGAAGCUGCUGCAGUGAGCAAGGACGAACAGCCCGUCCCCGUUUUGACUCCCCCGUCCGGGUGUCCAGCUCCAGACGUGCUCGGCGCCUGCGACGCCAAGGCCCUGGUCUCGGGUCAGUCCCUGGGGGGGGACGGCCUGGUCCACAGCGUGUUGGCGGGGGUUGACGUCCAGAGGGGCCACGGGGUCAUCACGCUGGAGGAGGGAUGUCAGAUGGAGCUGAAAACAGUCGCUGUGGACACUUGGCACGUCCAGGAGUUUGACGACAGUGAAAUUCCCGUGGAGAGCAGCGGACAGCUCCACGAAGGAGACUCCUACGUCAUCCGCUGGACGUACAGCGUCAACGCUUUUGACGAGACAAACUGCACUGAUGAAUGCAGUAAAGGUCCCGGACUGAAGGAAAAGACGGCUUUCUUCCUGUGGCGGGGUUGUCACUCCAGUGUCAGCGGGCGGGACACCGCUACUUUCUUGUCCAUUGGGAUGAAAAACCACGAAGAGUCACAGGUGGUGGUACCUCAGGGAAAGGAACCUCCCUGUUUUCUGCAGCUUUUCCAGGGAGGCCUGGUGAUUCACAAGGGGAAGCGAGAGCAGGCCUGCAUUAAUGCAGCAGAGUGGCAUUUGUUCUGUGUGCGAGGUGAGCUCCCAGAGGAAGGCUCUCUGUUGGAGGUGGAUUGCUGCUGUGCAGGUCUGAGGUCCAGGGGCUCUGUUGUCCUUCUCAAUAGCCAGCAGGGCGUGCUCUACCUCUGGACUGGCUGUAAAGCUCUUAGCAGCCUCAGAGAGGUCAGCAAGAGGGCGGUGGAGCGCAUCACUAAAAUGUGUCCGCCAGAGUUGGGUCUCAGCAAAAGCAGCCCUUUGACAGUGCAGGUGGUGGAGGAAGGUUCAGAGCCUGCAGACUUCUGGACAGCACUGGGGCAGAUGGACAGGAAGGCCUACGACUGCAUGCUGCAAGAUCCGGGAAAGUAUAACUUCACACCUCGUCUCUUCCACAUGAGUGCCUCCUCUGGGAGUUUCCAGGCCGAAGAGCUGCAGAGUCCGUCGCGGCUGCCUGGACUGGUGAUGGCGGCGCCGUUUGUCCAGGAGUGUCUGUACUCUGUACCACAGCCGGCCUUGUUCCUGCUUGACAACCGUCUGGAGGUCUACCUGUGGCAGAGGGGCCCGUCUGAGCAGACCGAGAGCUCGGAUUCAGCCCUGAGCUGCUGGCGUGACGAGAGGCGGUGCGCCAUGCAGACGGUUCUGCAGUAUUGCAAAGAAAUGAACCCAAGACGCCCACCGCAGGCCUACCUCAUAUUUGAAGGGUUAGAACCUCUCACCUUCACGAACGUGUUCCCCCGCUGGGAGAGGAGCCUGGGACCCCACACACAGGGCGAUGCGGAGAGGUUGAAGCUGACCUUGGUGCAGGACGCCCUGGCCCAGCUCACAAAGACCCAGUAUGCUCUGGAGGAGCUUCUGCUGAGCCCGCUACCCGCAGGAGUGGACCCCCAGCGCCUGGAAGUCUACCUGUCAGACCAGGACUUCCAGACUAUUCUGCAAAUGAAGAGAGAUGAAUACGCUUCCCUCCCAAAUUGGAAGCAAAUUGAUCUGAAAAAAAGCAAAGGGCUGCUUUGCUAGACAGCGAAAAGGAAUGGAGGCUGACUGGGGCUGCAGGAGCAAGGACUUC